GCGCAUCUCUUUGGCCGUCUCCUUGGCCAUCUACAGCACACCCCUUCUCCGAUCUCAACCUCCUCCCUCUACUUUUCCUAUUCUCCUACUUACACCAAACUUCCACUUCUUGCCAUUGGGGCACACGACAUUCACAAUGAAGGGCGAGAUCCUCCAUCUUCACCUGGGCCAGGCUGGUACCCAGCUCGGUAACAGCGCUUGGGAGCUGUAUCUUCUCGAGCAUGGUCUCGGACCUGAUGGUCGCCCUGACCCCAAUGCGAAGGAUGUCCUUGACGGCGGCUCCUACGAGACCUUCUUUACCGAGACCAGCGGUGGCAAAUACGUCCCCCGCUCUCUCUUCGUCGACUUGGACCCUUCACCCAUUGACGAGAUCCGAACCGGCGGCUAUCGUCAGCUCUUCCACCCUGAGCUAUUGAUUAGCGGCAAGGAGGAUGCCGCCAACAACUAUGCCCGUGGUCAUUACACCAUUGGCAAGGAGAUGGUUGAUAGCACCUUGGACCGAAUCCGUCGCGUUGUUGACAACUGCAACUCCCUCCAGGGUUUCUUGAUCUUCCACUCUUUCGGCGGGGGUACUGGUUCCGGAUUCGGUGCUCUCCUGCUUGAGCGUCUCUCGACCGAGUACGGCAAGAAGUGCAAGCUCGAGUUUGCUGUGUAUCCUGCUCCUCGUGUCUCAACUGCUGUUGUAGAGCCCUACAACGCUGUUCUGUCAACUCACAGCACUAUCGAGAACUCUGACUGUACCUUCCUAGUAGAUAACGAAGCUGUCUACGACAUCUGCCGACGUAACCUGGACAUCCCGCGUCCCAGCUACGAGCAUCUGAACCGUCUGAUUGCUCAGGUUGUCAGCUCCAUCACCUCAUCUCUACGUUUCGAUGGUGCUCUGAACGUCGAUCUCAACGAGUUCCAGACCAACUUGGUCCCCUACCCGCGUAUCCACUACCCUCUCAUCAGUUACGCUCCUGUGGUCUCCGCCGCCAAGAGUGCACAUGAGAGCUUUAAGGUCCACGAUCUUACUUUCCAAUGCUUUGAGCCCAACAACCAGAUGGUGGUCUGUGACCCAAGAAACGGGAAGUAUAUGGCUGUUGCCCUUCUGUACCGUGGUGAUGUCGUUCCUCGUGACUGCAAUGCCGCUAUUGCCGCUCUGAAGGCCAAGUCUUCCUUCAACCUAGUCGAGUGGUGCCCAACUGGUUUCAAGCUGGGUAUCAACUACCAGAAGCCUAUGGCUGUUCCAACAGCCCCUGGCUCCGAUGGUGGUCUUGCUUCAGUUGACCGCUCCGUUUCUAUGUUGUCCAACACGACGGCCAUCGCUGAGGCUUGGUCUCGCUUGGACUACAAGUUCGACCUCAUGUACAGCAAGCGAGCUUUCGUCCACUGGUACGUGGGUGAAGGAAUGGAGGAGGGCGAGUUCUCCGAGGCCCGUGAGGAUCUCGCUGCUCUUGAGAAGGAUUAUGAGGAGGUUGCGGCCGACAGUUUCGAGCCUGAUGAGAUUGAGGAUGAAUACUAAGCUUCUUUUCUCGACGUAUAUACCCGCCUAGUAUUGCCUGCGCAAUGCCUAGCAAGUCCAGUUCUGGUUUCUUGUUCUUAUGGUUACCUUAAGAUCCCAUUGUCUUUAGGAGUCGAGUGAUUUACAAAAUCGGCCGGGGCGUAUUAUGAUCCGCUUGCUUGAUAUGAGUUGCUUGGACAAGGUCGACCUCGAUAUGUUGAGCCACUUUAAAAAGGAAUGACGGAUCUUUUGACGGGAGAGGAUAUCACUCCAUCCGAAUAGAACCAUACGGUUAACGGAGAUAUGGAAAACUAUCUGUUCCUAGUAUUCUCACUAUAGCCUUUGCGUGGGAAACAAUCGCACUGGUGUGCAAAUGAUAACCUCAAUUAUCCUUCGUCCAGCCAUAUUGGCUAUAUACUCUUU